AUGUUCCCUGCUAUAAAACCCCCAGAUUCACUGUAUGGCGUGUAUCUCCUUGACCCUCUAACCGUCCUCAAAACCAAAGACUCCGAGCUCCUUCCCGACAUGUUCACUUUCUCUCUCCUCCUCCUCCUCUCCAUUGCUAAGUCAUCCAUUGCGGAUCAGGAGGAAUGUCUAAAACUCCUCUGCAAUCCUGGCGACCCCGAGUGCCAUCCCUGUCCGGCCAUGUCUGCGGACCAACUCGGUACGUGGCGCCUCUACAUCGACGCUCUACUGCAGAACCUCAGUGAUGAGGAGGUGGAGGAAGACUACAAGUCGUACUAUCAACAGAUUCGGGAGGAGCCCCUUUGCUGCAAUAUCUCAUCUGGCGAAAGUUGCACUAUUAAACUAAUUGACGAACCGAAUGUGCUGCCUCACCGGAUCUACGAGACAGGGUGUUUGCGUCAAAAUGACUUUUGGAAGACCUUCAUCUGCAUGUCAGCAAAUUCGCGCUGCUGCAACACAUCCUUCUGCAAUCUGCCUCUCAAGGAGGAAUUGGCGAAGUUUAUUGUUGAAGUGCCCAAAUACUAUACUCUGAUUGUGAUUUUGUCUAUCUUUCUUGUUCUUGCCUUCCUAAUGCUUAUCGCUGGCUGGUGCUUCUGGCGGUGUCGGGAUAAGGCCGCCUCCCAAAUGCCCGUUUCCAUGGUUGGUGCUGGAUGUAUCGGUGAUGCUGCAGGUCGUGCGUCUCCAGGCGACUCUCGCCCUUGGCACAUGGCGGAAUGCGGUGGCAGUGGCGCCUCCAUGGUAAGUGCUGUACCAUCCGCUACUACCGCCGCCAGCGCCAGUGUUGUUGCUGUCAAUGGAGGCGUUCUCAACGCCACCGCUGCGAACAGUGGGGUUAGCGUCGCCACCACCCUCAUUGACUCAAUCCCCCUCCAUCCCUCUCGUGCACCUUUUCUGAUGGCCAGUUCCUCUAUUUCCUCCGUGGUUGCUGCACGGUCACCCCGAGGUCUUGGUGCGGUUCCAACAGGCAUUUCGUCCUACCAUAAUUCUAUCAGUGGUUCCACGGUAGUCCGGGGCUCGGAGAUUGUUGGCCAUGGUAGUGGAUGCGGUGGUGGUGGAGCUUCCUAUACAGCUGCUAGUGGAGGUGCUUCCAUGGUUCCCGCCUCGUGUUCAGCUCCUCCUGGAGCUGGUGGUACUUUGGAAAUCACCCUAUCAGGAAGUGGAUCAGGUGCGGGUCAGCCUUUGCUGGUGGAACGCACGGUUGCGCGUCAGGUCACUCUGAGUGCACGCAUUGGCGAGGGACGGUAUGGUGAGGUUUGGCUCGGUCGAUUGCACGGUGAUCAGGUGGCUGUGAAGAUAUUCUCCAGUAGAAACGAAAACUCGUGGAUUAGAGAGAAGGAAAUCUACGAGACAGCAACUCUUCGUCACAGCAACAUUCUGGGGUUCAUCGCCGCGGAUAACAAGGACAAUGGAAUCUCAACGGAGCUCUGGUUAAUCGCUGAGUAUCAUCGUCUGGGUUCACUUUACGAGUUCCUCCAAACUCACGCCUUCACCCUUCCUGCUCUCAUCAAGAUGGCCUCAUCCAUUGCCAACGGACUUGCGCAUCUACACAUGGCUAUCGUUGGCACCUCGGGCAAACCACCAAUAGCUCAUCGGGACCUCAAAUCGCGAAAUAUUCUAGUAAAGGCGGACGGUGAAUGCUGCAUAGGGGACUUGGGCUUCGCCGUGAAGUACGAUAGUCUCACUGGCCGCGUGGAUAUCGGUCGCAAUACGGAGCGCGUUGGUACGAAGCGCUACAUGGCACCGGAGGUACUGGAUAACACCCUUUGUGCCCAAUCUUUCGAUGCUUACAUGCAGGCAGAUAUCUACUCGCUGGGUCUGGUCUUUUGGGAGAUGACCCGACGUGUCCAUGUGGCAAAUCUCUACGGUCCAGAGGAAUAUCAACUUCCCUAUCAGGUUUGGAGCCCUCAAGAGUCCUCUUAUGAUAACGUAGGCCCUGAUCCACUAAUUGAAGAGAUGAAGUCCGUGGUGUGUGAACUGGGUAUACGUCCUCAUCUGCCUCUGGUAUGGCAGACGGAUGCAAGCCUGAGGCUCCUUUAUCACAUCAUGACGGAGUGUUGGUCUGCCAACCCUUCCCACCGUCUUUCAGCGAUGCGAAUUAAAAAGGACCUUGCAAAUCAGCGCCAACAACUUGGCUCUCCAAGGCAACCGAGUGAGACUCCACUGCCUCCACAUAUUCUUCGCCAACAGCCUUCCAGUUUAGAUGCUCUACCCCCUGGCGUGUUUGUCUACCGAUCGGCAGAGACCGCCAGCCCUGCAAAUAAUGCCAACACCUCGACAUUAGUGACGGAUCAGGUAGGGGAGACAGAUGUGGAGGAGGCGCUUCUUGCCUCUGGUGGGCCCACCGUUCAACCGCCAAACGUGGUUGCAACGGCAGCGAUGUCGGGGGGAAGAGGGAACCUUGGUUAUUGUUAA